CGCCUCUGAUCCUGCGACGAGCAUUUCUGUCUCCUCACCUUGCUGGGGGAAGCUGGGAGCCUAAACCCGUUUGUCAUUAGGAGCGUCCUGCCUGCCAGCUUCUGUAGGAUAAACCAUAUGUUGUCACAACACUAUUUUUAAUUUAGGGUGUUGGUUACAUCACAUCACUGAAUUGGGCAAUCUCUGUAUGAGGACGAAGGAUGCUGUGACGUCAAAACCAGUCAUCCAGUUUCAAGGAAGCCAAGGGCACAUCGCCAUCCCGAGGCCCGAUCGACCGGCGGAAGUGCGGACCUUCACCUUUUAUCUCUCCAAUAUCGGCAAGGACAGCCCCCAGGGGAGCUUUGACUGCAUCCAGCAGUAUGUGUCCAGCAAUGGCAAUAUCCAUUUGGAUUGCCUGGGAAGCAUACAGGAUAAAAUCACCGUGUGUGCUACUGAUGAUUCCUACCAGAAGGCGAGGCAGAGCAUGGCACAGGCAGAGGAGGAGACUCGCAGCCGGAGCGCCAUAGUCAUUAAACCUGGGGGGAGAUAUGUAGGCAAAAAGGUUCAGGUGCGUAAACCUGCACCAGGAGCUUCCGAUGCUGUUCCCUCCAGGAAGCGCCCAACGCCAGUCAACCUUGCCAGUGCAAUAAAGAGAGGCAAUAGUGCGAUUUCCCAGAGACCCUUCAAAGAUAGGGUUGUGCACUUACUGGCACUAAAGCCUUAUAAGAAACCUGAACUUAUUCUCAGAUUGCAGAAGGAUGGACUUUCUCAGCAGGACAAGGAUUUGCUGGAUAACCUUCUGCAACAGGUGGCAAAUCUGAGUGCCAAGGACAGCACUUUCACACUGAAAGAUUGUGUAUACAAAGAAGUGCAGAAGGACUGGCCUGGCUACUCAGAAGGAGAUCAGCAGUUGUUGAAAAGGAUCCUCGUUAGGAAGCUCUGCCAGCCCCAGAACAGCGGCGGUUUCCAGGGAGAAGCUCCUUCCCUGAGCCCUCCGAAGGACACCCUCAACUCCAGCUCUCCCCCUCAGAAACGACCCUUACCUGUGGAGUUCAUCGACCCCCUGGCCAACAAAAAGCCCAGGAUCUCACAUUUGGCUCACAGAACCCAACCCACUCUCAACGGGAAGCUGAAUUCCUCCAACGGGAAGGACAGCCUGGCCCCCCCUGCCCUGCCCCCGGCUCUGCCCGAGCCGGUGAGCUCCAGCUCCUCCCUCCCGGCCCUGGAGCUGCCCAGGCCCCACGAUCCCCUCUCGGAUGUCAGCAACGACCUGACUCACAACGGCAGAGACUGUGAGAGCACGGAGCCUCCCGAGAGACUGAGUCACCCCCUGCCCACAGACUGUGCCCAGAGCAGCAAACACAACUGCGGCUCCUACGUCAAAUCCAAGAAAAAAUCCAAAAAGCACAAAGACAAGGAGAAGGAGAGGAAGGAGAAGAAGAGCGAGGAGAAGUGCAAAGAGGAGAAGCAGAACUGUGAAGUAAUAAAAAAUGCUGACUUAGUUAGUGUUCCCCAGGAACAGGUCCCAGGUUUAAAUGGAACAUGCAAUAAUUCUAGUGUACCAACAUCAACUUCAGAAAUGCCAGAUUAUUUAUUAAAAUACGCAGCCAUUUCCUCCUCGGAGCAGCGUCAGAGCUACAAAAACGACUUCAACGCGGAGUACAACGAGUACCGGGACUUGCACGCCCGGAUAGAGCGGAUAACCCGACGGUUCACCCAGCUGGACGCCAAGCUGAAGCAGCUUCUGCAGGGCUCUGAGGAAUACAAGACCAUCCACGAUCAAAUUUUACAGGAAUAUCGGAAAAUUAAAAAGACAAACCCCAAUUACAGCCAAGAGAAGAACCGCUGCGAAUACCUCCACAACAAACUGGCCCACAUCAAAAAACUGAUAGCAGAGUAUGACCAGCAGCAGUUUUAGCUGCCACUCACCCCUGGACUGGGUAGGGCAAACCAAAAUCCAGUCACCCUGGACGUUACGUUCCCUUUUAUACACCCAAAAUCCCUUUCAGAGACGAGCAUUAAUUCCUCGUGGUUGAAGAACUUGGGGAUGACUUUAAGAUGCCAGAUCUGUCAUGUCCACGUCCAGCACGCUCCUCCCGAGUUUUUAAGCCUCUCUGAAUGUUGGAAUGUAACAAAUGGAUAACAAAAACAAAACAAACAAACAAAAAUUCUGCUUAUUUGAAGCCAGCGUUUGACACUUAAGGGAAAACUUACCUAAAGUGACCGAAGCUCCCAAAGGUUAAGAAUCUGUAGUUUUCAUGGAUUAAAAGUUUGGCAUGAAGUUGUAAUUCCCCAGCUCCACGUGGGUUACAAAUUGUCCUACAAAUGGUGAGGAACUGGAAUUGCUGCUAGGACUGUUUGGAAUGAGAGCUGUCUGCUCCCGGCUCCGCGGAAAUACACCACGUUCCCUGA